GCAAUGUUCCAAAAUUCCCUCGAACUAAUGUUUGGGACCCUUAUAAACGCCUCGGUAUAAGUACCGAUGCUUCUGAAGAAGAAAUUUGGGGUUCCCGCAAUUUUCUUUUGGAUCAAUAUGCUCGGCAUGAAAGAAGUGCGGAAGCAAUAGAAGCUGCUUUCGAAAAAAUACUAAUGGCAAGUUUCAUAAAUAGGAAGAAAACAAAAAUCAACUUGAAAAGCAGGUUAAAAAAGAAAGUAGAAGAGUCUCCACCUUGGGUCAAGAACUUGCUCAGCUUUGUGGAAGUUCCUCCUACUGUAAUUAUCCUUAGAAGAUUAUUCCUCUUUGCAUUCAUGGGUGGCUGGAGUAUCAUGAAUUCUGCUGAAAGUGGGCCUGCUUUCCAGGUGGCCAUUUCUUUGGCAGCUUGCAUAUACUUUCUUAAUGACAAGACAAAGAGCUUAGCUAGAGCUUCCAUUAUCGGAUUUGGAUCUCUUGUGGUUGGCUGGGUAUGUGGUUCUUUCUUGGUUCCCAUGAUCCCAUCAGUUGUCAUACAUCCAACCUGGACACUUGAGCUUCUAACAUCACUGGUGGCAUAUGUUUUUUUGUUUCUUGGAUGUACUUUUCUCAAGUGAGAGCUCGAUAUGCUCUCAUUUGUUUUUGUUUUUCAUUGAAGUUCAAACCUAGAUAAACUUUUAUGACUUCUUAAUUUUGCUUAGAUAAUUUUUAUUUUAUUUUUGUGGCGUCUUGCCUCGUGUUGUCAAAUAGGCUAUUAAAGCAAUGAAAUGCUUUGUAGUGUGAUUCAUUUUCUUCUUGGAGCUUUACACUGUAUUUUGUCUGAAGAGUUGUUGGGGAAAUUGGCUUUUGGUGGGAAAAACUCGAAAUAAUUGUAAUUUGUAAUUUUCAUGGAAGCACAAGUGUAUCUUUGUUUGAUGCAA